GCAUCGUUAUUUGAACACAGACCUCAAAGCAUAAUGGGUGCUCUUUUCAGUAGUCUUUUUAGUAAACUUUGGGGAGACAAAGAAGUCCGUAUUCUCAUUCUCGGACUGGAUGGCGCUGGUAAAACAACCAUCUUGUACAGACUUCAGAUCGGUGAAGUCGUUUCCACCAUUCCUACCAUCGGUUUCAACGUUGAAACGGUCACCUACAAAAACAUAAAAUUCCAAGUGUGGGAUUUAGGCGGUCAGACAAGUAUAAGACCCUACUGGAGAUGCUAUUAUUCGAAUACAGAUGCAGUUAUCUAUGUGGUUGAUAGUGUGGAUAAGGAUCGUAUGCAAACUUCAAGGGAAGAGCUUCAUGCCAUGUUGGAAGAAGAAGAGCUGAAAGAUGCAGCCUUACUUGUGUUUGCCAAUAAGCAGGAUAUGGAAGGAGCAUUAUCGGCUGCCGAAGUGGCAGAUGCACUCGGUUUAUCCACUCUGAAAAACAGACAAUAUUCGAUUUAUAAAACAAGUGCACUGAAAGGCGAAGGUUUAAAUGAAGGUUUAGACUGGUAUGUGCAUACAUCCUUUGGUAUAUAGAGAAUGACAAAGCUUGACAGUGUCUUUCUUUUCUAUUUUGUUUUAGGCUUGUCAAUAUCAUUCAAGAAAAGAAAAAAUAAACACUGUUACACCAUGAUCCGUUUUAAUUACAAACAAUUCCAUCAAGACAAUGCCAUACACCCUAUUUUACACAAUGCACAGUACCAAAGCUUCACUCGACUGUAGACCUUUGACCCCCCUCACAAUAUUACCUUUCCAUUUCCUAACGUCAAAUUUAGAUACAAAAAAAAAAUAAUAUCAUUAAAUGUACCAACUUCAUUUUCCAGCAAAAACAGCAUCCUUCAUUAAACGGAAUUGCAUCUUUAGAACACAUAUACAGUGGAUCCCAUCCGGCCUAAAGUGAUAA